AUGGACGUCGAUAGGUUUCCCCAUACGGCACUAUCGACCAACACAGCCGACGAGACACUUUCACCGAGGCCCGUUGCAUCUCCGUCUUACUCCACCGAAGACAGCUGGUUGGUCGCCGAAGGACUGCCGGUCAUCACUGGUCUUGUCGCAGGCGCGGGGGGUGCCAUCUACAUGUCGCUAUGCGGGGCCAGCCACGAUGGCACGGUUACAUCGAUAGGGUCUUUGUCGACGAGAAAACGUUGCCGUGUCCCACAAGUUGAUCCCCGGCGAGAAGAUUUCAGGAGUCGCACGGCAUGUGAGAAACGGGAACGAGCAUCGUCUGCGGGGCGAGACAAACAUGCGGGCGCCACUUGGGGCGACGGUGUUGGCAUUUCCCACAGCGAGGGAAAACUUGCGCGAAUUUCUUCCGGGUUUGCAGCCACUCUGGCCGUCGAUGAUGAUAUGAACUUGUUUUACAUCACAGCUGAGAGGAAGGGUACUUGCCGUGCGCUAUGGUGCAGCGUUCCCGGCGCGGGAAGUCGGAGGGUCAGCUCCAUCCGCGAGAAUUUCCCGACGGUGCGCAUCACGGCUGCAGGGGUGCCCCCGAAAAAAAUAGCAGACAUACCCGCUGCAAUAGGACGGGCAGAACGAAGCAUCGUUAGCGGGGACCGUGGGACGGAGAGCGGCGGUGGAAACACCGGCAGGGCGAAGGAUCAAACAGCGCAGGCAUCAGCAGCAGCCGCAGUAGCGACGAAACGAGCGGCAGCUCUUAGUUCGGCGUUGGCAGAGGACGACGAAGCAGUUCCCGCGUCUGGUCCAGGCAGGAAAUCUUUGUUCGCUUCCCGUCGCCGCUCGACUGCCGACAAGGAAUACACUGAUGGCGAUGAUGGUAGCGGGGUAGGGAAAGAAGAAAGUAACGCUCCGGUCAACAUCGCCGUUGUUUCACGGUGCCGCCCGUUGCUCACGCGGGAGAUGAAGCGAGGGGUGAGGGCCGCCGUGUUCUGCGACGGCAACGAGAUUAUCGUGAUGGAUGAAAGAUUGCCGACAAAGCGAUCGAGGAGGUUUGGGUUCGACCGCGUUUUUGGUCCCAGAACCAGCCAGGCUCGAUUGUACUCGGAAGCAGUCUGUCCAGUAGUGCGGAAAAUGCUCGAUGGCUUCAAUUGCUCUGUUUUGGCGUACGGUCAAACUGGGUCCGGAAAGACGUUCACCAUGGAGGGUGGGCUAGUGGACCCGAACAUUGAUGUGAAGAAGACGGCAGAGGCCGACCCUGACGACGUCAAUGCCACCGCUUGCGAGGUCGAAAAGGUUGGCAUCAUACCACGCGCAGUGCACACGAUAUUCCGAGAGGGGGGAUAUGGUGGGACCCGACGAUAUUGGGUGUACGUGUCCCAUAUGGAGAUCUACAACGAGAGGCUGUUCGAUUUGCUGGCCCCUGAGGCCGCCACCUUGGCCAAAGCCUCGGCGACGAACAGCAGUGCAGCACCCUCUUCUACAUCCGGCCGUUCCCGUUCUCCAACACACCGGUCUCCACGUAGCACCCCCGGCAGCAGCGGCAGCCGUCCUCUUCAAGGGAUCGGACUAACAAUCGAGGAAGACCGGCAUCUUGGGGUGAUGGUUAAGGGUUUGACGCAGGUGGAGGUGAAGAGCCCGGAGGAGAUAUUCGCCAUCAUCGCCAGGAGCAAGAACAACAGGCGCACGGCUGAGACAAUGUGCAACGUCGAGUCUAGCAGGAGUCACGGGGUCUUCUGCGUGAGAGUCAUUUCCGCCGAGCCCACACCGUGGGGAGGUGAGAUCACCCGAGACGGGCGGCUCAGUCUCGUCGAUCUCUCAGGCUCCGAGAACAUCAAGAGGUCUGGGGCUGUCGGAGAUAGGGCGAAAGAGGCAGCUGCGAUCGGACAGAGUCUGCUAGCGCUGGGCCGGGUGAUCAAAGCCCUUGUUAAGCACGCUCCACACAUCCCUUACCGCGAGUCGAAGCUCACGCGGGUGCUGGGGGACAGCCUCGGUGGGAACGCUUUCACAGCCAUCAUUCUGAACAUCACCCCCAACAACGGGAUGCUGGAAGAAACGCUCAACACUCUGACGUAUGCCAAGACCGCGCAGAGCGUGCGAAACACACCGAAGCAGCACAUCGCCAACAAGGCCCCCACGGAGAAGGCGACGAUCGGAACGGGGGAUUCAAGUCACCUUGCACCAUCCUCUGGGGUACAAAACCUCAGUUGCAACAUGGUGAACGAGCUCAAACGAUGGAGGGGGGACGUCAAAUCCCGGUUGCUUUCAUCGGGGUCGUCCCGCGGGGCUUACAUUAGCCCAUGGGAAAGCCAGGUCCCUAUUGACGCCCCCAGCCACUUUUCAUCGACUGCUGGUGGCAGGUCUCCAAACAUGGACGGACCGUCCCACCAGCGGCGCCAUAACCCGUCGGUGUUGUCAUCGCAGCCUUUCGCCGACGACGUACCCAGCAACCAGCAAGGCUCGGGUCGUGGUAUCGCCGGUGAUAAGGUGCGGAAGGAGGUUGACAGGAGGAGAGGUACUCCCAUCCCUUCGUUACCAGCACGUGUGGAGUUUUCCCUAGAAGAUGAAGGACGAAGGAGGUCGGGGUCAGAGACGAAUCUCCUUUCACCUGCUGAGACCGCUGGAGCGUCGGGGGUGACGCCGCGACGUGGGUGGAGGGGGGGUGGGGCACCUACAUUUACUGCUGACGCUCGUGACGGGUUGGUCUCAGGCACACUGGAACGGAUGCCAUCGACAACGAGGCCCGGGUAUCUACAGCAUGACCGUAAUUCGCUACGAGGAUCCCGAUCUUUCGGGCCUGGGUUCGGCGGUAGGAGUGACAGAAAGGAAAAUAACUCAACCGUCCGAGCUUUCCCCUAA